UGGUAUCAUUGGAUCUCUCAAACAAUAGUCUUUUAGGUGAAAUUCCCAAAUCAUUGGAGGCGCUCACCUAUCUCAAAAACUUCAAUGUCUCUAUAAAUAAUUUACAAGGGGAAAUUCCUAGCAAUGGUCCUUUGAAAACAUUUUCUGCUCAAUCCUUUUUGUUAAAUCAUGCAUUGUGCGGUUUGCCUAGGCAAGGGGUUCUUCUUUGCAAGGCUGACAUGACCAAACGAUCAAAAGUACUGGUAAUGAAAUACAUUUUGCUUUCAGUUCUGUCAAUUUUAAUAGCAGUGAUUGUAACCUUUUUCUUCAUAAGAUGUCAUUAUAAAAGAAAACGUUCUCUAGUUGAUCGAGUCGAUUUGUUACCUUUGGCAACAUGGAGAAGAACAUCAUAUCUAGAAAUUCAACAAGCCACUGAUGGUUUCAGUGAGUGCAACUUGCUUGGUAUAGGUAGCUUCGGCUCAGUAUUCAAAGGGAUGAUUUCAAAUGGAACUAUAGUUGCAAUAAAGGUCUUUCAUUUGCAAGUAGAGAGAGUACUUAAAAGCUUCGAUUCUGAAUGUGAAGUAUUGCGCAACAUUCGUUAUCGGAAUCUCAUAAAAGUCUUGAGCAGCUGCUGUAAUACUGAUUUCAAGGCCUUGAUACUUGAAUUCAUGCCCAAUGGUAGUCUUGAGAAGUGGUUGUAUUCUCACAACUAUUUUCUGGAUAUGCUACGAAGGUUGAACAUAAUGAUAGAUGUUGCAUCGGCUCUUGAAUAUCUCCACCAUGAUUAUUCAACACUAGUCAUCCAUUGUGAUUUGAAGCCUCAGAACAUCUUAUUAGAUGAAGAUAUGGUUGCCCAUGUGAGUGAUUUCAGCAUUGCCAAACUCUUAGAUGAAGGAGAUUCAAAGACACAAACCCUUACACUAGCGACUCUAGGGUAUAUGGCACCAGGUGAUAAAGAUGGUUUUGCCACCAAAGUGAAUUGCAUGUUAAACAUCAUGAAUUUGGCUUUGAAUUGUUGCAUGGAGUCACCCGAACAGAGGAUUAAUAUGAAAGAUGUCUUGGCAAAAUUGAAGAAGAUCAAAUUGCAGUUUCAACAAGAUGUGGGAGGUGCCUAA